AUGGGCGGUCCAGAGCGCUGGGGAAAAUCCAUUCUGAGCCGGGUUCCAGAACGCGCUCAGCGGAAGUUCUCCAAGAGCAAGCUAACAGAGCCGGCCUUCAAGGGCGAGGCCGCGGAGUCGAAGCUCAGCGCGAGGCAAGCGCGCGAGCAGGUUUCGUGGAGCUGCACCCGGAGGAGGCCAGAAAACAGUCUCGCGCCAGGUAUCUCCUUUGGUGAUAUUCUCCCCUUGGCGAAGAUGCCGAUGUAUGUUAUGCGCAGCACCGUGAGGUCCGGGUACAACGUGCGACCCCGACGAGAGCUGAAAGGACCAUUUUUGCUUGUAAGCUCGUACAUCUCUGUAGAAUGCCUCAUCGGCCUAGGGCUCAAGCGGGGGCAGUUCGCGGUGCAGUGA